UGAACCUGGCAAAAUGUCGGCGUCCAGAGCUGAAACGGAAAGUUUCCCUGGAGACGGGAGCAAUGCGACUGAUGAUGAAUAUGAGGAGGAGGAACAACUUGUUUUGGUGGAAUUGACAGGAAUAAUUGAUUCAGAUAUAUUGGAAAAAUGUGGCAACAAAUGCAAAAUUCUGGGUAUUAACACAGAAAAUCCGUUCCUCCAAUUGGAUAAGUACGUGUUUGCUGGAGAGUAUGAAGAUACUCUCGGUACUUGUGUGAUCUUUGAAGAAGUUUUAGAACAGGGCAAGGCAUGUUACAAAAAGGACAAAGGAGAUGGGGAGAACCCAAAACCACAGCUGAAAUAUAAGUGCCAUACAGCAAAGAAACUAAAUAUGACCAGGACUUUUUUGACAGAAAAAAAAGAAUGUGACGAGGAUGGAGGUAAAGUAGAAUGGUUUCAGAUUAAAGAUGACAAUGACUCAACAAUGCCCAACAUGAUAUGCAGCUUUGUCCAGGAAAGUGAGGGUGAGGAUGCAGAGGAUGGAUCUCUCAGUGAGGAAGAGACAGUGCAGCUUAAUGCUUCCACUGAGGAUUCUGGGAAUUUAAAUCAAAGCUUUGACACGGAAAAGCAGGACAUUGAGAUGGAUGAGCCUACACAAUGCCAACAAUAUGAGCAGGAAACUAAACAGACAUUUGAACAUAGCUUACCUGGAGAUCAGGCAGACAAAACUUCAUGACUUUUAUCAUCUUUACAUUAAAAAGAAAAGGUAAAUGGCUAAUAUGAUUAACUGUUACACAUUCCACAGCCUCUGCUUAAAGAAAGAAACUUGCUGGAGAACUCCAUUGUUAUAUCUUGUCAUUGCAUCUUAAAUAUUAAUUGUGCAAUAGGCCACCAUUUGCAGGCAUGUGAUAAGUGGUAAAAAUGGGG